CAAAAGAAACAACCAUUCACUUCAUUCCUUGUCACUUCUUUUCUCUCUUUAUUUUUCUCUCUCUUUCUCUAUCUCUCUCUCAAUCUCUCCAAUCUCUGCAACUACUCCCUCUUCUCAAAAUUCAUCAACAACCCACAAAUCUCACCUCUAAUACUUCAAAACCCUUUUCCCCUAAUCAUCAAAAACUAUUUUCUCUCUCUCUCUCUCUCUCUCUCUCUCUCUCUCUCUCAAGAUAUAUAACUUCACUGUUAACGCAGUAGCCAGAAAGGCAGAUAGACAAAGAAGCAAGAGAGGAAGUUGGAGGAGAGUUUGGGAGAAAAAGGAAGCUGUGAUAAUUCCUUUGAUUGCUAAUAAUUAACAUGGAGCUCUUCCCUGCACAACCAGACUUGUCUCUGCAAAUUAGUCCUCCCAACACCAAACCCUCAUCCACAUGGCCUCGGAGAAGUAGUACGGAAGAGGACAUGGAUUUGGGGUUUUGGAAGAGAGCUUUGGAGUCAAGAAGCUCCAUCUCUUCAAUGGCAAAACCAGACAACUCAUGCUUCGAUCUCUCCUUGUCGAAUCCAAGGGUUAUUUCAGACUCCAACUCUUCUCAUUUCCAUCUCCAAUUUCCUCAGAGCGGCACCAAUUGCCAUGGCAAUAAUUUCUUCCACUCUCUGCACCAAAACCGUCUCCAGACUCACCAACUCUUCCACCAACAUCAGCACCCACAAGGGCUGAGCCAAGAGCUGGGUUUCUUGAGGCCCAUCAGAGGGAUCCCUGUCUACCAGAACUCUCCACCUCAUCCUCCUCCUUUCUCAUUUCCUCAACACUCUCUUGAUUCUUCUCCUUCUUCUUUGGCCGGGACUAGCACCACUUAUCAGCAUCAGAGUACAUCGCAAGGGUUAAUGAGGUCUAGAUUCGUGUCAAGGUUCCCUACAAAGCGCAGCAUGAGAGCUCCAAGGAUGCGGUGGACUACUACUCUCCAUGCUCGCUUUGUUCAUGCUGUUGAGUUAUUGGGUGGCCAUGAAAGAGCAACACCCAAGUCAGUUCUUGAGCUAAUGGAUGUGAAAGAUCUCACCUUGGCUCAUGUUAAAUCUCAUUUGCAGAUGUAUCGAACAGUGAAGACUACUGAUAGGGCAGCCGCUUCUUCAGGUCAAUCGGAUGCAUAUGAAAAUGGAUCGUCCGGAGAUAACUCGGACGAUUUGGUUUUUGACAUUCAAGCAAGACAAGGUGGUCAUCAAGAUAAAGAUUACCAUGCUCUCUGGAGCAAUUCUUCCAGCAGGGAAGCUUGGUUGCAUGCAAAACCAAAGGAUUCCACUCCAAACAUGCCAUCCAUUGAGGAUGCAAAAUGCAUAAAUUACGAGAGAUUAUCAUCAUCAGAUGUAAGCUCAUCGAGCCAAUCUGCAGGGACAAGCCCCAAGAAGCCUAAUUUGGAGUUCACUCUAGGCAGGCCACAUUGAUCAUAUUAUAUUAUAUUAUAUUUUA